AUGCGUUGGUCACAAACAAUGAACGCAAACGCACUGCGGGCGUACUUUAGGGCUAAAGGGGAAGAAACUGGAUGUUUGGCGUAUCGGGGUAGGAUGCAUCGUCUUUUUGCUGAGCUGGAGCCAUCUUUAACCGUCACAGAGCAAAACCUGGCAGACCGAGUUCGGUAUAUCCUGCGCUCAAAUAUAUUUGAUGUCGUCGAACUCGAACGGCUACGACGUGAGCCUGUUCCCUCAUCGGAUGAAAAUGCUACGGCUGAGGAUGCGGCGCCACAAAUUGUAGAGCAACCCGCAAACGUGGAUGCCGCCGUGAAAACCCCAGUUGUGGUUGAUUCAAACGAUGUUGGAACAGUCGCCCAGGAACUGGAAUUAGAGCAUAUGAGGAGUACAUUGGAAGAGGCGAUUGUGGAAACGCGCAGUACGCCUCUCGAAAAUCGACCGCGACUUCCCCGCAUAGCCCUAAGCAAGCGGAAUCGGGCUGUCGUGAGGGCUAUGAACCCAAUGCUGGUGACCUAUUUGUAA